CGACCCUCCAGGUGUUUGCUGCCUUUCCUCCUCUUCUCCUUGACAAUUUCUUCGUUUUCGCAGCUUGCUUCCAGCGCAUAAUGAUAUUUUAAGCUUGCUCGAAAUCUCUAUCAUCCCAAGCACUCCUACGAUGCCGAAAGUCAUCAGCUACACUCCGCCCUGGCUCUCGCGCCCUUCGCCUGGUGCCUCCAUCUUCGCCAGCUCCGCAAAGGCUCCCGAAUAUUCUACAAGCCUCAAGGAACUCGCCUAUUCAGGCCCUACACGCAUCCAGGCCAAGCGGGGGAAUGAAUUGUUCACGGUGGUCGACAACCAGAUCCGCUGGUCCAUCCUUACGAGAUUGAAAGACGACUGGCAACAAACCACCAGAUCGAAUGGUGCCACGGAGAAGCAGCAGUCUGAGGAUCGCGCCGUGCAUUACAGGAUUCUAGCGGUGCCGGUUUUCGAGAAGAUCCGUCAACUGAUUCCUUCGCCUAAUGGCGCAUUCUUAGCCAUCGUUGCUGAUCACACUGUCUUUAUCGCUGUGCUUCCCGACCCGUCUCACCUGUCCGGAACAGAUAGCUCUUCCAUCCGGGUGAAAUCGUACCAACUAGGCCCGACGACGCACGUUAUUCCCGAGUCCCCUGUGGUGUCGGCGCUAUGGCAUCCUUUGGGCGUCCAUAGCAACCUCGGGGGUUGCUUUGUGACGGUCACCGCGGACGCCGCGGUUCGGGUGUGGGAGCUGGAUCGCAACAACCACUGGUCCUUUGACCGUCCGACAUUGGCAGUCGACCUGCGGAAGCUGGUGGAUGGCACCUCGUCAGACCAGGACUUUGCGCCAUCGGGAUUUGGGAAGAACAAGGGUUUUUCGGCCGAUUUUAUCGACAUGGAGGUUGCAUCCGCAUCUUUCGGAGGCAGUGGAAAUGACAAGGAGGACGCAUGGGCGCCCAUGACUCUGUGGGUUGCGAUGCGACCCGGCGAUCUCUACGCUUUGUGUCCGCUCUUGCCCUCCAAGUGGCGCGCGCCGUCGACGACCGUUCCCUCGCUGACUGCGGCGAUUGUCCCGAAACUGGCUGCUUUGGAAGAAGACGCGCCGGACUCGGAGGAUGAGCUGACCGCCUCCCGCCAACAGUACGACUGGUUAGCUGAAAUCGACAACCAGGAGCCUUUGCAUACGGAGUUUGAUACGGAGACCGGCGCUGGCUCGGAGAUCCUCACUCGUCCAGCCAACCCCAGCGCAAUCCCGAGAUUGCAGGGUCCUUUCCGGUUCGAUACCGGAGAUGCAAUCGACGACCUGGACCUCUGCGAUCUCCUCGUCAUGAGUGCCAAGGUUGACCUCGAUGCGCUCAUGAUGGGCGAAGAGGAGCUUGGGCUGGAAGAGAUUGGAGACGACCGGCUUUCCGCUACCGUCAUAUGUCUAUCGACGGGAAGUGGCAGGAUCCAUAUCUGUCUCGAGCUCGAUGGCGUUGAAGGACAGUGGCUUCCGAAGGCUAAGAAGAACGUGUUUAGCACUCCUGUCUCGGAGCCAUCGGAUCUGCUUCUCGUGGAAUCAUUGGACACCAUGAGGGGAGAACGGACGUCGACCAACAACUGGCCCACAUUCACGAAGGAUGCCUACUCUCGGUACAGCUUUUUUGUUACCAACGCCAAUAACGUGACUUUCAUCUCUCUCACCUCCUGGGUUCAGAGGCUCGAGGCGGAACUGCAGUCGGAGGACACAGCUGGCUCUGCCUUCCGCUUGCAGAUCCUCUGUGAGGGCUCUGCAUCCCUGAGAGAACGGAUCCUUGAGGUGGAUGGAAACGCCGGUGCGAAGGAUCUGGCCGGCCACCUACCGGCCGCUUUGGUGUACUAUGACUACGACCUUGGUUACUUACUAUUGACCUCCCACGCAUCCACUCCUCAUGCUGCUAUCUUGGAUGCGCCCGAGGUGCCCCUGCCCUCGAUUGCGGAUCUGCGACUGUUCGACCCGGAGGAUCAAGCGCCGGGCUCACCCGUCUUGCCCCCUCGUCGGCCUCCGUACCAGGUUCCGGCCAUCUUCUAUGCGGAGCCGCCUUUGGAGUUCUUCGUCGACAAGCAUGUGCCGCAUCGCCAACGUCAGGCCCUGAAAGAACAGGUGCGGCUGUCUCCGGCCACCUUGGACCUGGUUGCCGCUGCGCACCGGAUCUUGUCUGCCCACACCAACGCUCUUGAGCGAGCGGCGUCGGACCUCUUCCGUCGCUGCGAGCGACUGCAGGGCGAGAUGCGGGAUCAGCUGAAGCAGCUGGCCGAUGUGGCGGACCGCGUCAAGGGGGUUUCCAGCGCGAUUGCCGAGGACGGCACACGGAUUGAGGGUUCUCGGAGCGGAGAGGCCCUGGACAAAAGGCUGCAGACAGCCAAGGAUAAACACACACAGUUGGUGCAGCGGUACGAGGCAUUGCGGAGUAAGCUGCUCAAAUCGGGCGGACGGCCGCUGAGCGAGAAGGAGAAGUCGUGGGUUGUCGAGGUGGAGACGGUGUCGGAAUCGGUUGGGGAUUCCAAGCAGGAGGGCCAGCAGGACGGCGUCCUGACACAACGGUUAGAAGCUGUCAAGGAGAUUGCAGGCGAUCUGCUCACGGAGGUCAAGACCAUUGCGGCCAAGUCGCCCAUCAGUGCGGAACCCGGGAGCCCGGCAUCGCCUGGAGCCCAUCCCCGGGUGCCGCAGCGACUGCAGCGGGCGAAGAUUGCAGAUGCCAUGCAGAUGGUCGAGCGCGAGUCGGCCAUUAUCGAGAACAUCACGUCGCGUCUGGAACGACUGAACUCGGCGCUGUGAGCAUCGGCUCGUCUGAUAGUUAAUCGGGAUAAGACAUUAUGCUAUGGAUGAUUAAGGUUCUGCG